GUCAUAGGUAAAACUUUCCUUUUCUAAAAGAAAAUAAGAAAAAUAAAUUUGUAUAGAGUUUAAACAGACGGAGAGGAACGUAUUACUCUUUUACCAACGUUAAAACGGUUGAACUUGGAUUUUUCUGAGAAAUACUCUGUACUUGAGACCAAGUAUCAGGUAACUAGAGCACCUUCCUCCGUCGAGAAUCGUUAACAAAUCACAGAACGGCAAGACGUUUCAGCGACCUGUUUUCCAGUCAGGUUUUAGCAGCGCACACCAGACAGGAUAGGUACAGGUUUCGUUGACGGUUAACAAGUUACAAGCAGUGGCGCCUUCAAUGCCAACAUUGACUGAGAAACCCAGAUAAAGGACAAAGAUUUAUCCCAGACGAAUAUACAGUACGAAAUAAUCGAGAAAACACAUUUACCAACAGUUGCGACGACAUUUAAAUCUGAUGUAUGUUAUGCCAACUCUUAAGAUCCGACGAUGUGUUGUAUAUCGACUGUUAAUUUAAAUAUUAUCCUAGUCAGUUGUCUCGACAAUAGUGUGGUAUGUAAAAAUAUAUACGUUGAUAUUUAAAUCGUAUGAUGAAGAUAAAGUGACAAACCAUUGAUACUUAUUUACAGAAGAAGAGGGCGGCUUUUCAAAGAUGUCUUUCGAGAACCAAACCUUAUAUAUAAAUUCGGAAAAUGACUCUAAGAAAAAGGACAACGAUUCAGAAAACUAUGAAACAAAGGAAAAUUCUGAAAAUCCUUCUCUAUCGGAGGAAGAGAACGACGUUUCGGAGGAGUCGGAUCAAAAGGAGCGAUUAGUUAAAUUAAGUUUAGAUUUAAAUAUUCCAUUACAGAACGACGAAUCAAGCGGUGAGGUUGUUAAUUAUGGAUUUGAAAACGAUGAAAGUGCCACAAACUUUAACGAUGAUUCUAAUUCGAACAAGUACCAAAACGAUACCUCCAAUCAUCAUUACAUCACCGCUCUGUUAGGUAGACCAGUAGGUAAAGUACUGAAUACGUGCGAAACCGAAAUUAUGAUUCCCGAUGAUACACUUAUGAAUUGCAAUAAAGAUAAAUCAAAAAAUAAAAAUUCACACGAUCCGAAAGGAUAUCCCGCGACCGAAAAGAUACCAUUGAAAGAAGUACGUACAACUGUUGUUCCUAUAAUAAGCAAUAAUUGCGAGAAAGCAUUAGAAGCUCAGAAGGAAUAUCUGGAUACCAGUGUUCAAAAUGGUGGAAAGGAAAUCAAUAACGAAAUCAGCCAUUCGGCAGCAAAAUUAAAUCAGCAGAACAAUGGCACGGGAAAAGCAUUCGAAGAAUACUUUAUGCCAGCAAACACUCACAAGAAACUUCUCAGGUGAGAUAUAUAUUCUGUUCAAACAUGGUUGAAAAAAAUUUCAAACUCUAUAUAUAGUCUAUAUAUUUGCGUAAAACUUUAAUAAUCGAUUUAAAUUUUACUUAAUUACAGUAUAAUACUGUAAGAAUUACCCUAUACUGUAA